CCUAUCAGCGCUGCCAGACUGUUCAACCGUCCCCUGAAAGGCAUCCCAUUUCUCAUCUUCCUCCGGAUGCGCCAAGCGUUCCUUUGCAACGGCCCGUCGUCGCCGCCUGAUAUUCUAGCCUUGUAGUCAAGAUCGACAGGGCAGACUUCUGAAUAACCGCUCGCACUCAUACCGCAGAGUCCAACUGCUUAGCAACAUCGUUCAGAGCCUGGGGAAGAUGGGGUCCAAGUCAACGUAGCAUGCAUGCCUAGGCAGCAACGAUCCCAGGAAACUUCCCCAGCUUCGGCACGACUUAGUAGAGAUGGUAUUAAUCUUGAUACGAUUUGAUCUCAGCAUUCAAUUUGUAGAAUCACUGCCAACUAGUCUCUCCUCAAGCCCUCACUUCACAAUGGCUCGCUUUAUUCCUUUGGCCGUCACCGCGGCUCUCUCUUUGGGAUCAUGCGCGUUCGCUGCCCCCACAGUCGAAGGUGCCAACCUGCCCGAUCCAUCAACUUUGAUAAAGCCCAUCGGCUUCGACCCUACCAUUGUCUCCUCGCUCAAGGAGCGCAAGGUCGCCGGAGUUGUCCCCGAGGUUAUCACUCUUAGUCUCACGGGCCAAGAUGCGAACUUUACGGACUUCCCCCCCUCAAACCCCGGCUCUUCCCAGCCCUCCAAGCGUGGCAUCAUUGGGGGUGUUGACAACCGCGUUCUCUGGACCAACAAGGACUACCCUUACCGUGCUAUGGGCAGAAUCGCACUCUCCAACGGCGCAAUCUGCAGUGGUGCCUUGAUCGGUUCCCGCCACGUUGUCACAGCUCGCCACUGCAUCCCAGAGAAUGGCGCGACUGCCCGCUUCCAGCCCGCCUACGACAACGGCGAGGCCCUCGGCGGCUAUGAUGUUAUCCGCGUCUUCCGUCCCGACUACGGCCAAGAAGGCUGGUGCGCUAACGCCUACGACUGGGCCAUCUUCGUCCUCGGCGAGAAGGCUGGAUCUACCAACGGCUGGCUUGGUCUGAAGACGGUGAACCCUGACACUCAGCUUAACCGCGCCAUGUUCUUCCACUACGGAUACCCUGGUGACAAGGGCGGCCAGCAGGCUUACCGUCAAGAGGCUAUCACGGCUUCGUCCGCAACGCUUUGCGACAGGGGCUCCCCUGUUGUGACAGACGCCGAUGCCCAGGGCGGACAGUCUGGAGGUCCUUUCUGGAUCAAUGAGAAUGGAGAUCGGUAUCUCUAUGGUGUUGUCGUCGGAACCACUGACCAGAUCACGGUUGUUGCUGGAGGCCCGUCCCUGCUUGAGGGCUACGGAAUCUUGCUGAAGGACUACCCUAACUAAGGAUUAGUUGAAGAAUUGUGAUGACUGGAGUUGGUGGUGGAUUUUUUGACGUACGAGC